AUGGCCACCACUAACGAUCUCCCCGGCAUCGAUGUCAACAGCUACGACUACAUUGUCGUGGGUGGCGGCACCGCCGGCUGUGUCAUUGCUGCUCGUCUUGCCCAGUAUUUGCCCAACAAGCGCACCCUCGUGAUCGAGGGCGGUCCUAGUGACUUUAUGGAUGAUCGCGUUCUGAACUUGAAGGAGUGGCUCAACCUCCUCGGCGGCGAGCUGGACUACGACUAUCCCACCGUUGAGCAGCCCAUGGGCAAUAGCCACAUCCGCCACUCCCGCGCCAAGGUCCUCGGUGGUUGCUCUAGCCACAACACUCUGAUCUCCUUCCGUCCCUUCGAGUACGAUUGCCGCAACUGGGUGAACAAGGGCUGCAAGGGCUGGGACUUUGAGACCUUCACCCGUAUCAUUGAUAACCUGCGCAACACCAUCCAGCCCGUGCACGCCCGCCACCAGAACCAGCUCUGCAAAGACUGGAUCUCCGCCUGCUCCAGUGCCAUGGACAUCCCCGUCAUUGAGAACUUCAACGACGACAUCCGUAACAAGGGUGAACUGACCGAGGGUGUCGGUUUCUUCAACGUCUCCUACAACCCUGACGAUGGCCGCCGAAGCAGUGCCAGUGUGGCUUAUAUCCACCCCAUCCUGCGCGGCGAUGAGAAGCGCCCCAACCUAACCAUCCUCACCAACGCCUGGGUCUCCAAGGUCAACGUCGAAGGCGACACCGUCACCGGUGUCAACGUGACCCUCCAGUCCGGCGUAACUCACACCCUCCGCGCCAAGAAGGAGACCAUCCUUUGCGCCGGUGCCGUCGACACCCCCCGUCUCCUCAUGCUCUCCGGUCUCGGUCCCCGCGAGCAACUAUCUUCCCUCAACAUCCCCGUCAUCAAGGAUCUCCCCGGAGUCGGCGAGAACCUAAUCGACCACCCCGAAUCAAUCAUCAUGUGGGAACUCAACCGCCCCGUCGACCACAGCGCCACAACCAUGGACUCAGACGCAGGAAUCUUCCUCCGUCGCGAAGCCCCCGACGCCGCAGGAUUCGACGGCCGCGCCGCAGACGUAAUGAUGCACUGCUACCAAAUCCCCUUCACCCUAAACACAACCCGCCUAGGCUACGACGAACCCAUCAACGCCUUCUGCAUGACCCCCAACAUCCCCCGCCCCCGAUCCCGAGGCCGUCUCUACCUAACCUCCUCGGACCCGAGCGUCAAACCAGCGCUUGAUUUCCGCUACUUCACCGAUCCCGAGGGCUACGACGCCGCAACCAUCGUCGAGGGACUCAAGGUCGCUCGUAAGGUCGCCCAGCAAGCCCCAUUCAAGGACUGGAUCAAGCGCGAAGUCGCUCCCGGCCCGAAGGUGACUUCCGACGAGGCUUUGUCUGAGUAUGGUCGUCGUGUCGCGCACACUGUGUACCACCCGGCUGGUACGACUAAGAUGGGUGAUGUGGCCAGGGACCCGCUGGCUGUUGUUGAUCCUAAGCUUAAGAUUCGCGGUCUUAAGGGUGUGCGUAUUGCUGAUGCGGGUGUUUUCCCGGAUAUGCCUUCCAUCAACCCCAUGCUUACUGUUUUGACUAUUGGUGAGCGUGCUGCUGAGCUUAUUGCCGAGGAGGCUGGCUGGACCCGCUCUCAGCCUCGUCUGUAA